AUCAGAGUAAAAGUGGCGCACUUGUGUUGUUCAUUAAAGAUAUAGAGAAGGCAAUGGUUGGCAACUCUGAAAUUUUAAAAAGUAAAUUUGAAAGCUUGCCACCAAAUAUCGUGGUAAUUGGUUCUCACACCCAGUUGGAUAAUCGUAAGGAGAAGACUCAAACUGGCGGCCUUCUGUUUACCAAGUUUGGAAGCAAUCCGACAGCACUACUUGAUCUUGCUUUUCCGGAUAACUUGAGUAGACUGCAUGAUAGGAGCAAAGAAACCCACAAAGUCAUGAAGCAACUUAAUCGCCUUUUUCCAAACAAAGUGACUGUACAGUUGCCUCAGGACGAGGCUUUACUUUCUGACUGGAAGCAGCAGUUAGAUCGUGACAUUGAAACUAUGAAAGCUCAGUCCAAUGUUGUCAGCAUUCGCUCAGUAAGUCUUGCAAAAUCUCUCAAUCAUAUUCAAUGCUUAAUCUUGCUGUAG